AAUAUCUUUUCAUCACUGUGUUGCUCUUUUUGCAAGAAAAAUGGCGGUAUAGGUUGUACCUGUAGGUGAAACCAAGUGUCUCCACCCACCUUCAAACUAUAUUUAUACAGUGUUUUGCCAGAGAGAGCUCACUGAUUGUGUUCAUGAUGACCAUCAUCUCUCUGCUCCUGCUGGCCUCUCUGCUGUCACACCUGAACUUCACUGUGGGUAUAGUGAAUGGCUGGGAAGCAAAACCCCACUCCAGACCUUACAUGGUUUCUAUUCAAUCGAAUGGGAUACAUGUCUGUGGUGGAUCCCUCAUUUCUGAUCAGUGGGUCUUGACUGCUGCACAUUGUUGGAACAGAAAUGAGAAUCUGACAGUUGUGGUUGGUGCUCAUGACUUAAGGGAAAGUAAGAAUUCAGAUCAUAUUGGAGUGAAGUCCUACAUCCAACAUCCAAGCUAUAGUGGUUUUUAUAUUUCCAAUAACAUCAUGCUUUUGAAGUUACAGGAAAAAGUCAACAUUAACAACAACUAUGUUAAAUCGAUUUCAUUACCAAAGAAUGGAGAAGAUGUUAAGACAAACACUUUCUGUAGUGUUGCGGGCUGGGGACAACUGGAGAUUGAAGGCCCAAAGAGCGAUCGUCUAAUGGAGGCAAACGUGUGUAUAAUGAAUGAAAGUGAAUGUCACAAGAGGUGGGGAAAUUUGUUCUUAGAAACACAGAUGAUGUGCGCACAUGGCCAUGGUGGAUCCUGCCGUUAUGAUUCUGGAGGUCCUUUGGUUUGUGGAGACACUGCAAUUGGUGUCACAGCUUUUGGAGAUAGCUCACUCUGCAAUUCACCCAAGAAACCCAAUGUGUAUAUUAAGAUUUCAGAAUAUAUUCCAUGGAUAAACAUCAAAAUUAGAUAAGUUCUUGGAUUUUUCUGCAUGACCUCUUUCAAUCAAAGUAUCACUUUGCAAUCGUAAAUCAUGAAGUGUCUUCAUUGUCACACACACACACACACACACACACACACACAAUAUUUUGUGGAGGUUGCAGUGUCACUGUCAUUGAUUGGAUGAAUGCAGCAUGCGAUCAGUUUAUAGUAGUUUAUAUUUGUGUUUGGUCUCGUUCUGUAUCGCGUAUCUUGUCAGUGUCUGCACUUGCUUGGGCAUUUGUUGUGGAGAAAAAUAAGGAAAGUGUGUUUUAUUGAGUUUUAGUUUAAUUUCCUCUUUAGUUAUUUUAAUACUUCAACAGUCUAAAUGGAAAUUAAAAAAAGAAGAAGGAAAAAUUUUAUUGUUUUUUUUAUUGUUUUUAGCUUUAUUUUUUGUUUUUCAUAUAAAUGUUACGUUUUGAAAUUUAGUUGCAUGCAUUUGUAAUUUUUAUCUAAUUUCUUUAUUUUGAAAAUGUGCAUAGGUAGUAUUUUUUAGGUUUUAGCUCUUAGUUCUGGAACUGUUUUUAGUUAUUUUAAUAUUACAACUGAUUGCUUUUGUUGUCCUCCUUUGUAAGUCGCUUUGGAUAAAAGCAUCUUAUAAAUGACUCAAUUAAAUAAAUAUAACUGCA